AUGUACAAUCGCGUGCCCUGUGUUUUGGCGGCUGGCAUGACCGCGAGCUUCCCAGUCCACCCGGUCAACAGGUUUGCAGGCCAGAGCGAGCCUGUGAAGCGGCCGAAGGAGUUUGCUUGUUUCUCAUACGAUGACAACCACGAGUUUCACCUGGGAGACUCGUCUCUAAAAUGGUAUUACCCGCCAUUGCUGGGCGCAAACCUAUCUCGUGGCUACGAGGACUUUGUGAAACAUGAUGACUCGGGCGAUGAGCAUCUCGUCAGCCUCCUCAAGACCAUUGCAGCCCAUGAAGAGGAGACCCAGAAAAAGAUCGACGCCCAGGUCGUCACCUGGCGUGGCAUGAUGACAAAGAUUAUGGCUUCCCCUUUCGACGAUAGAGACGGCUUCGAGAUGAACGCUACUCUCUUUGAGGACUGCAUCUUCAUCGAGGAGAAUCACGCAUUCAAGGCAGCUUCCCGGCAGCAACAGGCGUCACAGCCCUCCAGAGGCCCAAUAUCCCAGGACGUCAUGUCGUUCUGGGGGUACAAAUUCGAGACCUUGUCCACGCUCCCUGCCCCUUGGGGCGAGGUCGACCGGGACUUCAUCGAGAGCCGCGACACGCACGUCGUCAACAACAAGGCGCAGUACUGCUCCGUCGUGCGCACAGGAGUCGGCAAGACAGUGCUCUGUCUCGGCGGUGAAGUAGACGCAAUCUGGGACUCGAAGCCGCCGCAGCAGGGCGCGCCCAUCGCGUGGGUGGAGCUCAAGACGAGCCUCGAGAUCCGCAGCGACCGGGACAAGGACAACUUUGAGCGCAAGCUGCUCAAGUUCUGGAUCCAGUCCUUCCUGCUGGGCGUGCCCAAGAUCGUGGUCGGCUUCCGCAGCCGCGAGGGCGUCCUGCAGAGCCUGCAGGAGAUCGAGACGGCCGAGAUCCCGGCCAAGGUGCAGCGCGGCGGCAGGCCCAGCUGGGACGGCAACAUCUGCAUCAACUUUGCGAGUGCGUUCCUGGAUUGGCUGCGAGCCACCAUCAAUGACGACGGCGUUUGGAGAAUUCGGAGGAGACCAAAGUCUAGCCAUAUUGAGGUGUUCCGGGUGGAAGAGGCUGGGCAUGGCGAGAUUCUAACGGAUGACUUUAUCAACUGGAGGAUAAAGUUGACAUUGAAUAGCAAUAGUGCAACCAGCACGGCGUAG